AUGGGUGAACCAAAUACCAAAACUAAUAAGCUUAAUGAAAAACUUAUUGCCUCAUCCAAAGUUUCAAAUAACAAACAAAAUGUCACAAUAAUAGCUAAAUCCGGACCCUCCGGUGACAUAGCAGAUAACGCGACUAAUGAGCAUCUUUCAUCUCAACACUCCGAUAACGACUACAACAGCGACGCAAUUAAAUCCACCGAUAAAAUUAUUUCUAAUCACGAUUACACCAACAAGACCAACCAUAUACAGAGCGUUCAUAAUAUCAAUUCCUCAUCGCAUCAAAACAACAUUAAUGAACCAGAAAAACACGCUUUUGGAAAAAAAUCUUUCGCCGAAACCACUAUCAACUCUACACUACCCAAAAAAGAACACGCAAUAGUCUUCGAUUCAAUCGACAACAUACCCCAGAUUGAUUACAUAAUUGCAAUUAGCAAAUUAACUCCACCAAAAAACAUAAAAUUUGCUUCUCGGAUAACCAACAACCGAUUCUGUAUAUACCUCAAUGACAAAAACACGGUCGAUUUUCUUGUAGAUAACCAUCCUUACAUCAUAAUAAACUCACAUACGACGAUUAAAAUUAGACGGUUAAUAAAUCCGGCUAAAAGAAUAAUCAUAUCUCAUGUCUCACCUGAUAUACCAAACGAAUACAUUAUAUCACACCUAGAAUAUCAUAAAAUCCAAAUAUUAUCACCAAUUACACAUAUUAAUGCGGGAUUCAACAUCCCAGAACUAGCUCAUAUCAUAAGCUUCAGACGCCAAGUUUACAUCAAACCCGAUGAUUUCGAAAAACUACCAAAAUCCAUCCUGAUCAAUCUCGAAAAUACAUCUCACAGAAUAUUCUUGGACGACGACUCGAUCCACUGUUUCCUAUGCAAACGCAAAGGUCACACAACAAAACAAUGCAAAAACCCACCAACAGAAGCCGUAAAUACAAAUAUAAAUGAAAACGCAUUCAAUACAUCCGCAGAUGCAAAUGUUGACACCUCUACAAACAGCAUCUCACAAACCUCAACUCAAAUGUCUCUCCUAGAUGACCCUUUCUCGAUGGAUACAACAUCAAAUGACAUCACAUUACUGACUCCAAAUACAAAUGAUACUAAAAAAAGACCAGCACUCUCUUCAACUUCAUCAAACCUAACAAACGAUUUGCCUACCUUCAAAUCCCCUUCUCAAGAUAAUGUAUCAAAAGAAACUAUUUCUAAAUCAAAUGCAAUCAAAAUAUCGCAACCAGCAACCAAAAAAUUAAAACGAAAUCAAUCCAUAGAAAAAAUAGUCUUAAAGCUCGACGAAAUUCUCGAACCCACCAAACCCAAGUUUGAAAAAAUUCCCAACAAAAAAAUUAAUUAUGAACAGUUUAAGUUCAUAAUUGAAAACUCUCUCGGCGAAGCCAACCCAGCUUCAAUUUUAGUUGAUUUUAACAUUACUUGUCUUGAAAUGAUCGAGGUCAUAGAAAUAAUCAAGCCUGCAAUUAAAACUCCAGGCAUAAAAAACAGAUUGACGCGACUUUGUAGUUCCCUCCUCGAUAAAGAGCUGUCCACUAAGCCCAACCAAACUGAAUAA